UUGCGGCUGCGCAGACGGACGCGCGGCGGUCACGUGAUUUCAGCAUGGCGGUGUUCGCAGAUUUGGACCUGCGAGCGGGUUCCGACCUGAAGGCGCUUCGCGGGCUGGUGGAGAACGCCGCUCACCUUGGCUAUUCAGUUGUUGCCAUCAAUCAUGUUGUUGAAUUCAAGGAAAAGAAACAGGAAAUUGAAAAACCAGUAGCUGUUUCUGAACUCUUUACAACUUGGCCAAUUGUACAGGGAAAAUCAAGACCGAUCAAAGUUUUAACUAGAUUGACGAUUAUCGUUUCAGAUCCAUCUCACUGUAAUGUUUUGAGAGCAACAUCUUCAAGGGUCCGGCUGUAUGAUAUUGUUGCAGUUUUUCCAAAGACAGAAAAACUUUUUCAUGUCGCUUGUACACAUUUAGAUGUGGAUUUAGUCUGCAUAACUGUAACAGAGAAACUACCAUUUUACUUCAAAAGACCACCUAUUAAUGUGGCAAUUGACCGAGGCGUGGGCUUUGAACUCAUCUACAGCCCUGCUAUCAAAGAUUCCACAAUGAGAAGGUACACAAUUUCCAAUGCCCUCAACUUGAUGCAGGUCUGCAAAGGAAAGAAUGUGAUUCUGUCUAGUGCUGCAGAAAGGCCUUUAGAAAUAAGAGGCCCAUACGAUGUGGCAAACUUAGGACUACUGUUUGGGCUGUCUGAAAGUGACGCCAAGGCCGCCGUGUCCACCAACUGCCGAGCGGUGCUUCUGCACGGAGAAACCAGAAAAACUGCUUUUGGAAUUAUUUCCACAGUGAAGAAACCUCGACCAUCAGAAGCAGAUGAUGAUUCUCUUCCAGCCUGCAAGAAAGCCAAGUGUGAGAGCUGAAAAGAAUCCCCAGUCUCUGUCAACACUCCCUUCUUCCCUUGGAUAGUCCAUCAGCCGCAAUAGAAAUAAAACCUUUAUGAUUAACUGUUUUCAUUUGGAACUAGAAAUCAGUAAUCUAUAAAAACAGUUCUAUAUUCAAGCCAUUAAAGUGACAAAACCUAGUGAAGCAGUAAAAAAAAAAAAAAAAAGACUGCCCAUUUAAUGAAUUUAGAUAUACUUUAAGAGAAAAAUCAGAGACGAGUUUAUUUAUUUUUUGUGUUAAGUAAUAAAACAGCAGGUAUAAUUGAAUAAGAUGUUUCCGUAUUUCAGGAGACUCUUUAAAAAGUUUCUUCUUCAUUUAAAAAUACAUGUUUUGCUGCUUUGCUGGAUAUACAUGGCUUAUUUUUUGAUCUUACUCUUCAAAAGGGGUCAUUUUGAGGCCUAAUAAGGCAUACCAAGGGAUUGGCCUUUAGGUGAUUUAUUUUUGUUGUAAACCUCUCUCUUUGUAUUCAUCAAGUCAAAGUUCUUUCUGAAAGGAAUCGCUAUAAAUUUUGUGGAAGGAGAGAGAAAGUGCAUGUAAAAUUACGUGUGGUCUCUUCCUUUGCUGCUUACCUUCAUGAUAUUCUUGAAAUAGAAUUUCCUCCUUUGAGGUGGAAGUCCCUGAAAACCUACUACUGAUUUUCCUAAUAGCUGUAUUAAAAAUAUCAAACCAUUGUACUCAAACAACUUUGGAAAUGAUUUUUUUUAAAGUAGCAGAAUCAUUAAAAUAAAUGGAAGUGGACUUUUUUGCAAA